AUGAUGGGCUCCCGGGCCGGAUCCGUCCUCCUCCGCCGCGCCGGCUCCCGUCUCUUCACCGCAGCGGCGGUCUCGGCGGCCUCGAGGCCAUUGCUCGCCGGCGGCAACAAAGGUGUCCAGGCAGUCAUGGUACGCCUGAUGUCCACGUCCUCCGCCGCCGCCGCUUCGGAGGCGAAGGACGAGGCAGCCAAGGCCUCCAAGGAGGGAGGGGACAAGAAGGCGGUGGUGAUCAACAGCUACUGGGGGAUCGAGCAAAACAACAAGCUGGUGCGGGACGACGGCAACGAGUGGAAGUGGACUUGCUUUAGGCCAUGGGAGACGUACACGGCUGACACGUCCAUUGACCUCACCAGGCACCAUGAGCCCAAGACGCUGAUGGAUAAGAUCGCCUACUCGACCGUCAAGUCGCUUCGCUUCCCCACGGACAUCUUCUUCCAGAGGCGGUAUGGCUGCCGGGCGAUGAUGCUGGAGACCGUGGCAGCGGUGCCUGGGAUGGUGGGCGGCAUGCUGCUCCACCUGCGCUCACUCCGCCGCUUCGAGCAGAGCGGCGGCUGGAUCCGCGCGCUGCUGGAGGAGGCCGAGAACGAGCGCAUGCACCUCAUGACCUUCAUGGAGGUGGCGAAGCCGAGGUGGUACGAGCGCGCGCUCGUCAUCACCGUCCAGGGCGUCUUCUUCAACGCCUACUUCCUCAGUUACCUCCUGUCCCCUAAGUUCGCGCACCGCGUCGUCGGCUACCUGGAGGAGGAGGCCAUCCACUCGUACACCGAGUACCUCAAGGACCUGGAGGCCGGCAAGAUCGAGAACGUCCCCGCCCCGGCCAUCGCCAUCGACUACUGGCGCCUCCCCGCUAACGCCACGCUCAAGGACGUUGUCACCGUCGUGCGCGCUGACGAGGCUCACCACCGCGACGUCAACCACUUUGCAUCGGGCGAGACCGGGUCGAAGGGUGGGUUCUGGACCAAGUGGAUGGUGGAGAGCGCGGAGGCGAGGGCCAGGGUGGCCAAGCUCGGGCUCGCCGCCGUGCUGGCUUACGGGCUGUUCGACGCCGUCACCUACACGACCUUCUUCGUUCUCGCAUUCCUCGGCUAUGGGAAAAGCACCGGCAAGAACCCUGCGGCCAAUCUCAAGGCUCUGCUCGGUAUUGUUAUCCUAAUGUGGACCGGUAACAAUGUCACAAGGCUAUUCCGUGUCGCCGGUGCAGCUACUUUGGCCCCGGUGAUCAACAAAGGCUUGAAAAGCAUUCAGGAGAAACUUAACCUUCCAAGCCAAAUGUACGCCUUUGCACUUGUGGUUGGCUCUGUGGCCUCAGUAUGCUUCACAGUUGUUGGUAUCUUGAUCCUCUCAAAGUGGGGCAAGUAA